AUGAAAAAUAGAAUAAAAAGAUUAUGGGCUAUUAGUACAUUGUCUAGAUUAUUUUACACACUACAAUGUUAUUUAGCUCACAAGAUAUUACCCAAUUUUGACAAAUCAUCAGAUUACUUUCUUAAAAAAUGGGAUUCUUUUUAUUUUACUAAUAUUAUGGUAAGUGGAUAUACAGCUGAACACCAUAUAGCAUUUUUCCCUUUAUUGCCUUUACUAGGUAGAUACUUUAGUAUAUUUUUGGGAUACAAGUUCGGAGCUUUUAUUUUUAACUUAAUAUUAUUUUAUGCUAAUACUUUUCUUUUAAAUGAAAUUUUAAAUUAUUUUGUAAGUUAUAAAAUAUCCAAGUAUAGUACCUAUUUCUUUAUUUUUAAUCCUGCCUCUAUAAUAAUGAUAGCAUUUUAUACUGAAACAUUGUUUAUGUUCUUAUUUCUUCUAUGUGUGUACGGUUUAUUAAAUAAGAAAAAAUUAAUGCCAGUAUUUAUGAUAUCAUUGUCAUGUCUUUGUAGGUCUAAUGGCAUAUUAUUUUUAAUAUUGGUUUUAGACAAUAAUAUAUUUACAAAUUUUUUGUAUAUUUUAGUAGUCUGUAUACCUAUAAGUGUUUACCAAGUGUACUGCCUAUCUAAAAUUUUUCAGUCACAAUAUCUAAAUCAAGUAAAAAGUCAAUCUUUAGAUGAUCUCAUUGGUAAAAAAUUACAUUUAAAAUUAUUUGUACCAUAUUCUUAUGUACAGCAGAAAUAUUGGAAUCAAGGAUUUCUAAAGUUUUAUACUUUAAAUAACUUGUCUAAUUUUCUUAUUGGUAUUCCAUUUGUAUUAUUUUCUUUUUAUAUUAUUUAUAUUGGUUUUAAUAUUAAAUGGAAGAAUAAUAAACUAUGCCAGAAAUUAAUAUUUAUAUUAGGAAUACAGACACUUAUGUCUGUAUUCUUUCUUCAUUUAAAUAUGUAUUUUAGAUUUAUAAGCUAUAAUCCGGUUGUAUAUUUAAUAAUGGGAUAUUUAUAUAAAGAGAGAAAAAAUAAGAUUAUAAAACUUUAUAUGAGGUUUUAUUUGGCAUUCAGUGUUGCAUAUGCUGUAUUAUUUGGUGCUUUUUAUCCUCCUGCAUGA